AAUUAAUGUUCUAAUAUAAUAUAGUUUGUGUGCAUCUCAAUAUUUUGUUAAGGAUACCAGAGACCACAUUAAUAAUUCGACCAUUCGAGUAGAUUCGAUUCGAUUUAUUCGAUUGGCGUACAAGUCUACUUGUUUGGUAGAUUUUUGUCUACGGUUCUUUCUCCAAUUUUCAAAAUUUCCAAAUCAAAAUGGCUGACUUUUGUUAAUAAAGCGUAUAGACGCUUCAAUAAUGUGAAUCUAUUAAAUAAUUAACUCAUUACUUAUUUAUUAAACUGAAUAGUGUUUAAGUGUAACAAAAUGGAUUUUAGGGAUAUUAUUGUGAAGGAGAGCCCCGGGCUUUGCCGAUGCUGUCUUUCGGAAGGUUGUUACAAAGAUUUAGGAUCGGAGUAUUCUUGGAUGAAUGAAAAUGAAAUUUACGCGGAUAUGUUAUUGGAAUGCUUCGAUAUUAGUAUAUCACAGCACAAUGAAGGUCCCAACGGCCCUAAUCGACUCAUAUGUGAAGUUUGCAUCACAAGGUUGCGGGACGCAUGCAACUUCAAAAAGCAGGUUCUGGACUCGGAAAAAAAAUUCGUUGACAUGGUCGGCAGAGGGGAAUUUAGAUCAAAAGUACUUAUAUAUCAAGCCCAAAUGAAGGCGGAAAGUGAAGAUGUCGAGAUGGACAAUGAUGCAGAAGUUGAGUACCUGGAAGACGACCUAGACCUUGGAGAUGAUGUCCCCCUGAAGUCUUACAAGAAACAAGAACCCACCGUCUCCAAAGAUAUCACAGUCGCGACCUUGCCAUUGAAGACCAAACGUGGACGGCCGAAGAAGACAGCCACAGCAGUGAAAUCGGAGAAAAAGGCGAAACUCUCACACGCGGAGGAGAAGCCCAGAUCGUCCAAAGCUGUAAUCAAAGAUGAAAUUGGGCCGGCAAAAAUUGUGAACGCCAAUAAACUAAGGCGGCGGAAUCUGCAAAUAUUAUUCAACAAUACCUCGAUGGUGCCAUUUAAAUGGAGAGGAAAGUACAUGUGCUUUUACUGUGGCGAGGACUUGACUAAUUAUGCGGAUUUGAGGAAGCAUACAAAAGCCCACGGCUACUGUUCAGACCGGGAUCGAGCGCUUAAAUUAGUACGCACCAGUGACGCUGAAGUGAAAAUAGAUGUUUCUGAUGUUACUUGUGAACUGUGCAAUGAAUUUUUUAGUAGCUUCGAUGAAAUAGUAACUCAUUUGGUGUCUAAACAUAAACUACCUUAUAACAAGGAAGUAGAGUUGACAAUAUCCACGUACAGAUUAGUAGAUUUAAAAUGUUUGUUAUGCGAAGAAAGUUUUAAAUACUUUAGUAAACUUAUAACUCAUGUUAAUAAUACUCACCCAAUCAAUUGUUUCCUUUGUCAUGAAUGUAAUCAGAAAUUUAAUAAAAAAAGAGAUUUGGAAUCCCAUUUAAGGACACAUCAUAGAAAACAGUAUCAAUGCACGAAAUGUUCAUUACAAUUUUCAACUAAUGCCGCUCUACUGAAACACAAAACACACUCUCAUUCGUCAACUUGCAAUAUAUGUUUCGCAACAUUCUCCUCCAGUAGUAAAAGGCUUAAACACAUGAAACUCGAACAUAUAUCUGACGGGGUUUUACAAUGCGGAUUUUGCCUCAAAACUCUAAGUACUAAACUAGCUUUUCUAAACCACGCCGCGAAAUGCAAUGUUAAAGAUGGUUCUGAAAUUGUAGAAGAAUGUAUCACGAUUGAUGAUACCGAAAAGAAAGCGUCUGUAUCUGAAAUUAGGAAUAAUAUCGCUUGUAUUUUAAAUAUGUCUACUGCUAUACCAUUUAAAUAUUUCAUGAACAGAUUUCGAUGCUUCUAUUGCCCGAAAGAUUUUACUGAAUGUGAUGAUCUCAAAGAACAUACGGUAUCUGAACAUCCAGUUUGUGAUAUUAAACUGAAAUGUUUAAGACUCCGUAAUAGAGAAGACGGUAUUAGAGUUAAAGUAGAUAUUUCCUCUCUGUCCUGUAAAAUGUGUUUCGAACCAAUCCCAGAUUUGGACGCGCUAAUAAAUCAUAUUAUUACGGAACAUAAAGCGCAGUACAUAGAGUCUGUCGACAAUAACAUGCAACCUUUUAAGUUAAUAAAAGAAAGUUUUUCAUGUCCUUUCUGUGAGCAAGUGUAUAGAUAUUUCGGAAUACUCUUAAAACACGUAAGUAGAAGUCAUACUGAUAACAAAAUUAUUUGUGUGUACUGUGGAAAGGCGUAUAGGACUGAUCCUAGCUUAAGAGCUCACAUUUCACGACGUCAUAGACCUAACAGUUACAAAUGUGAUUUUUGUCAACUAGAAUUCUCUACAAGUAACGCCUUGCAAAUUCAUUGUGGCCGCGUCCACGGUUCUAAGAUAGCUGAGUGCUCCGAAUGUUCAGAGAAGUUUACAUCUCAGUAUUGGAUGCAGAGGCACAUGAUAAAUGUUCAUGGUACAGGCCAUAAAUGUUCGUACUGUAACAAAUUGUUCACUAAGAACUCUCACAUGGUGAAUCACGUUAGGCGGACACACUUGAAGGAGAAAAACGUACAAUGUUCAGUAUGUUUCGAGAGAUUUUUCGAUGUGCAAAAUUUAAGAACGCACACCGUAAAACACAUCGGCGAACGGAACUUCCAUUGCGAUUUUUGCGGCAAGAAAUUCCUCUGGAAGAAAAACCUUAGAGCUCACAUGUCAUCGCAUAUAAAAAACUCUAAUCCUGACACGCAAAAUGAAUAUGCGCCUGGGCCUUACGAAGCGUGUGCCUCUGAGAGAAGGCGGAAAAACAUGAAAAUACUGUUCAACAACACUACGAUAAUACCAUUCAAAUGGCGCGGAAAAUUUCUCUGUUUCUACUGCGCUCAGGCCUAUAUGCAGUAUCAGGAGUUUAAAAAGCAUACAAAAUCACACGGACAUUGUACAACUAAGGAUUACUCGUUAAAAGUUAUUAAAGGGAAUCACAUUGAAAUAAAACUAGAUAUAUCAGAAAUUGCAUGCGAAAUUUGCAACGAACCAUUUGAUAGUUUAAAGGAAAUAGUGGACCAUUUGAUCGGAAAACACAAGUUGGAGUAUGAUAAAACAGUAGAGAUCCCAUUCCAAGAAUACAAGCUCGUAGAUUUUCGAUGUUUAUACUGUGAUGAACAGUUCAGCUAUUUCGGAUAUCUGGUUAACCACGUGAAUGUUAUGCAUCCACAAAACAGUUUUAUUUGCGACGAUUGCGGUGCAACAUUCAAUAAGAAAAGAGAUAUGGCAUUACAUUUAAGAAAUUACCACCGUCAAGGUGGUUACCCAUGUGAUCAAUGUACACAGAACUUUGAGACUUAUUAUCUAUUGCGCACACAUCAGAACACAAUACAUUUUCGAAGGUGCAAGAAAUGUAACAUGAAAUUUGUAUCGCUUACCCUUCUUCAGAAACACAUUCGGAUAGAACAUCCUCAGGAUGGUACUUUAAAAUGCUCAUUUUGCGCAAAAGAGUUCCGUUCUUCUCAAGGUCUCUCACAACAUAUAAGUAAGUGUAAGGUCAAAGCUCCUCAAAUAGAAGUGCAGGACAAUACUGCAUUUAUCUCAGAACAUAAUCAAGAACCGAAAAAGAAACAGAACAUUUUGCAGAUACGACAAAAUAUUCAAUGUGUCCUCAACAUGUCCACAGCUGUGCCUUUUAAAUUCUUCUCCAAAUACACUUGUUUUUAUUGUUCGAAAAAGUUUAUCGAGUUUGACGAAUUGCGAGAACAUACAACAACGGAACAUCCUGUUUGUGAUCUUAAAUCGAAAUCUAUGAGGAAAUGUAAAGGAGAGAGAGUCUGCGUCAAAAUUGAUAUUGCCUCGCUAGCUUGUAAACUGUGUUGCCAAUCAAUAUCCGAAUUGGAUACACUUAUAGAUCAUUUAAUAUCAGAACAUGAUGCAAAUUACGAUAAAUCUGUCACUGGUUGUUUGGAACCAUUUAAAGUUAUAAAAGAUAACAUGCCGUGUCCGGUGUGCCCCGAGAAAGUAUUUCGAUAUUUUGGUAUCCUUUUGCGUCACAUGAAUGCAGAGCAUAGCAAUAACAACAGAAUUUGUGAUUUCUGCGGACGAUGCUUCAGAAACGUGGCCAAUUUAAACGUGCAUAUAUCGUAUACGCAUACCGGCUCGUGUGAAUGUAAUAUUUGUGGGAUACAAUAUAAGAAUCAGUGGUGUCUCGCUCGACAUCGAGCUAGGAAGCACAACGCGAAAGAUUAUAAAUGCCCGAAAUGUCCAGACAAGUUCCCUUCUCAGUAUCACAAGCAGAAGCAUCUGAUUAAGGCGCAUGAUAUCGGCCACAAGUGUAGUUACUGUGAGAAGAUGUUUACAAGAAACUCCUUUAUGAAGGAUCAUAUCAGGCGGACGCAUUUAAGGGAGAAGAAUGUACCGUGCUCCGUUUGUAAUGAACGAUUCUUUGAUAAUUAUCUACUGAGGAUGCAUAUGGUGAAACAUGAGGGGGAAAGGAAAUUUGUUUGUGCAGUUUGCGGUAAAGCGUUCCUAAGGAAAAGUGCAAAAUUAAACACAGUGGAAGACAAAUAUAAGAAAAUGGAAUUGGCGCGUAAACUAAUGAUAAAAUGCAGAAAUAUCGAGUAUGUGCUGCAGUACAGCAACGUGACGCCAUUCCUCUGGUACAAAGGGAAAUAUAGGUGUUACUAUUGCUCAGAACCUAUGAAAGAUCCACAAUUACUUCGUGAACAUACAGCAAAUUCACACCAAUUGGAAAAUCUUGAACUCAUCGUACAUGAUCGAACUAAGAACAAUAGAAAUAAAGACGCCGCAGUUAAAAUUGACGUAACAGAUAUUACUUGCAAACUUUGUCAUAAUGGUGUUGCAAAUUUGGAAGAAUUGAUACAUCACUUAAUUAUAGCUCACGACGCUGAGUAUGAUGUAAGCGUUCCCAACUGCUUGUUGCCUUUCAAACUCGACAAAGAUCAACCUACAUGUCCUACCUGUGAUACCAAAUUCGUCUUCUUUGAGUACCUCCUUCGGCACGCUAACAAGCAUCAUUUGUCACAUGAUUACAUCUGUGACGUGUGCGGUACAAGUUUCCAAGGUGAGAAUCACUUGAAGAUGCAUAACCGUUAUUACCACAGACAAGGCGGCUACACCUGCGAUUAUUGCGGCAUAAACAUGGCAACACUAUCAAAGAAGAUACUCCAUGAGAAAAACGUGCAUUUGGUGAACUUAUCCACUUGCCCCCAUUGCCCAGAGACCUUCAAAAGUCCGUAUUUUAAAAAGUUACACUUGGCGAAUGUUCAUGGUGUUGAAGAGUUGAAGAUUAAAUGUCCUUAUUGUCCAAAAGUUUAUCCCCAAGAGAGUAUAAUGUCCCGGCAUAUGAGAAGAGUCCAUUUGCGAGAGAAGAAUGUGGAAUGCGAGGUCUGCGGAGAUAAGUUCUUCGGACCUUACGACGUUAAAUUGCACAUGGUUAAACACAAUGGCGAUAAGAAAUUCAUAUGUGCCGUAUGCGGAAAGAAAUUCUCGAAAAAGAGCAACUUGAAUACGCAUUCUAUUCUACAUACGGGAGAGAAGAAAUUUGUAUGCGCCAUUUGUAACAGAGCAUUCGCUCACCAAGCCAACUUUAAGAUGCACAUGAGGAAUCGUCACCCAGAGUUUUCUGAAGAGCUACCUGAGGUGGUUGAGGAUAUUGAUGAAACAGAACUUGUACAAAUGGAAUUUAUAGAUGGUGCUGAAGUUAUAGAACAAUACGUGAGUUAGUGCUAAAACUGAAAAGAACAGUGAUAUACCUUACUCAUAUCAAGUACUUAUAUUAUUACCUAUAUUAAUAUUUAUAGUCCAGUGAUACCAGUAUUUAUUAAUCCUCUUAAAUAGUAUGUAAAUGCACGUUUAGUAUACUCUGUAAAUAUAAUCUGUUUUAACACAAUAUGAUAUUGAUGACAUGUAAAAAUAAAUAAAUGACGUAAUAAUAUGUUCGAUGGACAUUAAUGUAGUUUAUAAAUAAACAUAUUAUGUAGUACACUAUACAACGCUUCUUAUUGUUGCUAUCCCGGCUUAUAAAAUAGAACUGAUAGUUAUAGCAAAAAGAGUUUAAAAGAAAAUAGAAGAAUGGGUAAACGAUCUCAUACUCU